CAAUAAUAGUUGUCUCGGACUCUCGCUGCCAAAACAGCUUGUGUGACCGAGACAGAUCUUGCAGCAAAGAGCAGAGUUCCAGAAUUUGCAGACAUGGCUUCAAUUACCAUGACAGCCUCGCUCUUGCCGAACUCAAGCUCAACUCUGACGAAUGUUGAGAUGAGGGAAGAGAGCAAUGGUAGGAGAGAGUUGAUAUUUGCAGCUGCUGCUGCUGCUGCUGCUGCCUUUUCCAUUGCCAAACUUGCCAUGGCUGGUGAGGAGCCAAAGGCCGGUACCGCAGAAACUAAGAAGAAGUAUGCUCCUAUUUGUGUCACAAUGCCAACAGCUCGUGUCUGUCACAAGUGAGAAAUCCCAAGGUUCUUAAUUUAAUGUUAAUUGAUCUGAGUAACAUAUAAAACUUGCAUCUCUCAAUUGGAAAAUCCCAGUAACAUUUUCUCUUCUUUUCUUUUAAACUCCAUUUCAAUCUAUAUUUUUACUUAGAUAUGCAAAACUCCAGUGAACUGGUAUUAUGGUUAUAGUACCCUUGGUUUGAGGGAGGGUAAAAAAAAUUAAUUUGAGAU